CUACCCUCGCUCUCUCUGUCUCAGUUUCAGGUUUGCACGGCAAUGGCGCAUCGCCGCACGAGCAUCGGCCGCCAGAAGAUCGAGAUCCGGCCGAUCGAGAGGGAGGGGGCGCGCCAGGUCUGCUUCUCCAAGCGCCGCUCCGGCCUGUUCAAGAAGGCCAACGAGCUGGCAAUCAUGUGCGGCGUGGAGGUGGCCGCCGUCGUCUUCUCCCGCGCCGGCAACGCCUUCUCCUUCGGCCACCCCUCCGUCGAGGCCGUCAUCCAGCGCUUCGACCCCACCGGCACGGAUACCGGCGGCGCCGCAGAGGACAACACGCUGCUGGUGGCGGACCUGAACCGCCAGCACCAAGAGCUGCGCGCGAAGCUGGACGCGGCGAAGGUAAAGAAAGAUCAGGUCGACGCGGCCAUGGCGAUGGCGAAGGAGCGCUGUGCGGGGAUCCCCGUGGCGGCGUGGCUGGAGGCCGACGUGCGCGACAUGGGGGAGGAGGAGCUGAUGCAGUUCGCUGCGGCGCUGCAGGUGGUGCAGGCCGCCGUCGCCGCGCGCGCCAAUCAGGUGCUCCAAGACGCCCUCAACCACGGCCGCGCCAUGGCGGCCAGGAACCGCUCCAACAUGGUUCCCGUGACGGCACCGCCGCAGCAGCUCCUCGGCAUGGGCGCCGGCAGCUAUGGUUGGUAUGAUUUCGGUGCAGGCAGCAGCGGUAACGCCACCAACGCCGCAGAGAUGGAUAUGAUGCAGCUGAUGAUGAUGGGCAUGACGCCGCCGCCGCCGCCGCCGCAGGUGUUCGCCGUCGCCGACCUGGACCAGCUGCUUCAGCAGGGGUUCGGAUUCCCCGGCCUCUACUGAGAAGAGGAUGCGAGUUCAUUUCCCCCGUUCAUUCUUGGCAUGCAUGCAUGGCAUGGAUGCAUGCCUGUAUGGACGGCUCAGAUGAACUCUGAAAUAGAUCGGGCGCUGGCUAGCUAGCAGAUCCGAUCGUGUCUUGUCGUUUAGUUUGUUUGUCUUGAAUUCUCCAUUGCUACCCUUAGUCAUAUGCGUCUAGGUGAUGAUAAUCCAUCUGUGCGGAUGAUCGUCCAUGCAUAUGAAAUCGUGUUGCUGUCUUUCAAAUUUCAGAUGUUGCGGUGCACCGGCUUCGGCCCCUGCAGCUUGACAGAUUUGGUUCGAUUAUCGAUCGGUGUAAUGGCUUGUAAACUG